AUGAAGUUUGAACAAGAACCCAGAGUCGCUCAAACAGUCGGCUUACAAAAUACAGCAGUUUUAAUACUUGCUCGCGGAGGAUCAAAAGGUGUCCGUUUAAAAAAUAUUCAAACUGUUGGCGGUAUAAGUCUCGUUGGUCGCUCUAUUUUAAAUGCUAGAAAUGCAAAUUUAGAAGACAUAACAGUAUCAACAGAUCAUCCAUUGAUAGCUUUAGAAGCAUUAAAAUUAACAAUGAGAACAGUAAUAGAGGAAGUAACAUAUGAGGAUUUGGAGAAUACAGAUGUUAUAAGUGUCGAAUUAGUUCCGGAGAGGAAAGGUUUAAUUUUAAAACAUUGUGAAUAUUAUGUAAGUUCACGGCGACAUGGAACAACUGUUACAAGAAGAUAUAAUGAAUUUGCACAACUUUAUGACGUUCUACACGCUAAAUAUCCAUACAGAGCAGUAUGUUGUUUACCGCCAAAAAGGGUAGUGGUUGGUGGUGGUAGUCCGUUAUUUCUACAGCGACGUCGUGCAGCGCUUCAGCGCUGGCUGAGCAUAGUGGCGCGACACCCGGUGUUGGCUCAUGACGCUGAUGUAAGGACUUUUCUCUGCGAAAUAUCCAGUAAACUUGAUAAACCCAAACACGAUGAGUUUGUACUGGCCGGGACUCAAGAAAAUAGUGCGAGUGAGAUGUCUACAGAUGAAAUGCAGGAUGUGUUUUCCAUGGAACAAGAACAGCUGCGUUUGGUGCACUUGGGUUUAGGGCGACUCUUUAAAAUUUUCGAAAAAGUUGAGAGUCGUUGUGAAACUGAACGUGCAGACAUCCGUGAGCUGGGGGCGGCGCUUAGUGCUCUCUCAACACCAGCUAAUAUAGACACCGAGCGAUGGACACACAUGAGGGACUCUUUGAAAGCUGCUGCUGAGUUAGCAACAGAGAUGGUUGAAGCUGAUAUAUACGAGGACGAUGCUAUGGAGCGUAUGUUGGUGUCCCUGGACUGUCUGACCGCGUACCGGUCACUCUGCUCGCGGCUGUCCCGCGGGCUGCACGCGGAGCGCGCUGCAGCUGCAGCCAGCGCUGUACACUCACCAGCCUCUAGUUUACUUAGAGCUAGACAUCGGUACGCGCUGAAGUGCGCUUUGGAGGAAGCCCGUAUAUGUCGUGCGUAUGCUUUAUCAGCGUUGGAGUUAUUACCGGAGCUGUUGAAGUCUCAGGGCGCGGCUCAUGCGAGAGUUUCCAAGCUUUGGUCUGAGUUACACGACGCGUUAAGACAGACACACGGAAACACGCGACCUUGA